CUGCAAGGAGCGUCAGUGUGCGUCGCUCUGUCGCCGGGGGAGGAGUGUUGGCCUCUGCUCUCAGUCGACCCCCAGCAGGUAAACACUAGACCAUCUGCUACGAGGCGGCCAGAUGGGUAAACGACUGCAGACGAGGGCCGCUGUGGCCUGCAUGAAGACUUUACUCAUGAUCUUCAACGUGAUCUUCUGGAUAAUGGGAGCAUUGAUGGUGGCGGCGGGGAUCCUGGUGAAGGUGGAGGUGUACAAGUAUGUGGAGGUGUCACCUGAGUUCUCUGCCACAGCACCCUAUGUCCUGGUGGCUACAGGAGGCCUCAUGCUCCUGCUUGGGCUGCUGGCUUGUUGCUGCACCGCGAAAGGCCAGCCUGUACUCCUCUACAUCUAUGCGGCCUUCCUGUUGGUGAUCUUCGUGAUCAUGGUGGGAUCUGGGGUGAGCACUUGGGCCUACAGGAAGCACCUGAAGACAGGCUAUGAGGACGGGCUCACCAGGGCCUUCACCGAGUACGAGAGAUCACCCACUAUGAGUAGCGCUGUCAACAGCCUCCAGAAUAUGCUUCAGUGUUGUGGGAUACAGAAUGCGAGCGACUGGGUGGCUAUGCCCUACGGCCAGAACCACGACCCUCCCUACCCAGCCUCCUGCUGUAGGGAGGUUCAGGAUAACUCAUGUAUUGCCCUUCACCCUCAGGGCUGCUACUCAACUGUGGUGCACUUCCUAGAGUCUAGCAUGGGUGUCAUCCUCAUCAGCUCCCUAUGCUUUGCUAGCUUCCAGUUUGUGGGGGUGAUCUUGGCUUGCUGCCUUGCCCGCAACAUCAACAGGGCCAAAUAUGAGCAGGUCUGAGGUCGCGCCCCGCUCCCCCGCCCACUCCCGGCGCCCACUGACCAGCAGUACGCCCAUGCCUACACCCACCCAUCACGACCCAUCGCCCAUGCUACCAUCGGCAGAAGUCUCUCUGGAGGGGCACGGUCCCUGCCUCGGCCAACGCCCAGGCCAGCGCCCCCAGAGACCUCCUUCCAUGUGUAGGGUGUUCCCAGGCGAUCAAAAACACCUUCUCCAUUGCUUCAAGAUUUGUGUUUAUUAUUGAGUUCUUCCUAAAGGAGGCGUGGAAAGAAGGAACUAAAGAAAUACUGUGGGCUUAAGGUAAUGGUGUAUAGGGGAGUGGGG